GGUUUUCUCUCUCAAAGUUCAUCUUCUUCCUUCUUUCCUCCUUUGACAAUUUUGCCUCCUCAUUCUCUAUCAACCUUCCUCCUUCCUUUCCCUGCUCAUCCUUCUUCUUUCUUCUUUUUAUUCUCUCUCUCUUCUCCCUUCUUCUGGGUUUGAUUUUAGAUGGUCGUCAAUACCAUCAAUUGCCAAGCUGCUCUAAAGGAGGAUAUUUCACCCCAUUUGUGUUUUAUCUGUCUCUUACACUUGGCUAAUGAACAUGGUUUAAACAUACAUGGUUGUCCUGGUUUAGAUGAUCUUGGUGUACACAUUCUCUCAUCUUGCCAAAAGGCAGAUACGGUGGCCCAGGCUUCAACAUGGUCAAGAUUGCUGCCAUCCAUUGAGCACAUUGCAGGGUGAUAGGAUAGUUCUGUUCCAGUUUUUGGGGUCUUUCAAGCAACUGGAGAGAAUGAAAAUUUUGUAAGUGUAGGUUACAUUUACUUUUUUGAAACUGCAGCAUCAGACUUUGAUCAGCUUGUCUGCAGGCUACCACUUGUGGUAAAUGUGAAUAUUAUCUAAAUUAAAAGUAAAAACUGAAG